CAUUAGUCGUUUUUUCUUCGAGCAAAUGUGUUACUUUCAUAUUUCUUAUAUACGCAAACGCGUGUAAGUUAUACGUUUUGUCUUUGUGUAUUUAACGUGUCACCUAAACUGUAAAAUUAUUGUGUUCCGAAGAGUGUAAACACAGCUUUGGGAGAAACAGAAAUGGUGAUGCAAGUGAAAAUGUGUAUGUUAACAUAUAAAGUCAUGGGAAGAUUAACGAUAUAUUUAUCUGAGCGUGUGUACGUCCGUGAUUAUUGAUAUCAUUUAGAGUAAUAUGUUAUACCAUUCAAAGUUAAAUAUGAUAUGUAAUUAUAUCAAACAAAGUAGUAAAACAGAAUAAUGCAUGUGAAAGAUUAAUGCAAAAUAAAUUUCUGUAAAAUAUAUAUAUAAAGUAAGGAGGAAAGGAAAAUUGGGUUUAAUUUCAAACAGCAAGGCUUAAAAUGCAUCAAUUUCAUAAUACAAACAAUUAUAAAGGUGUGGAUACUGCAGCUUUGAAGAAGUUUGGUCAAACUUGUGCAAAAACUCCCACAGUUGUCGGUCUUCAGCUCAGGAAAAUUCGAGACCCACAGAUUAUAAUAAUUCGGAAUAAAUAUACAAAAGAAAUCGUGGAUUUGGAGGAGCUUGUCGGCCAUACAGUGACUCAGAGGAACUGGAAAGGCAUUGUGAUAGCAUUGGUUGUGAUAAUUGUUGUUUGUGCUCUUAUAGUCGCUACAAUUCUACUUAUAUCUCCAGGUGAAGAUGAUGAAAGCACGAAAGCAAAGUUUACAUUUGAAGACUUCAUGAGUAGAAAAUACUCCCCUAGAUCCUUCUAUUAUACUUGGAUAAAAGAUGUUGACGCCUUUUAUUACAAGAAUGAUGAUGGUGCUGUUUUACGAUAUAAUUGCUCAACUAACUCCUCCAAUAUUAUUAUGGAUAACUCCACAUUUAAAGAGUUGGAAACUUCCAGUUAUACUAUAUCGCCUGGAGAAUAUUUUGCAUUGCUGCCUUAUGAAAUCAAAAAGAUAUAUAGACAUUCCUCUAGUAAAAAAUACAAAGUUGUGAAUUUACAAACUAAAGAUGCUACAAAUUUACAAGGACCAAGAGGCCAGACAUUCCAGUAUGUAUCCUGGUCACCAACCGUGGACGGUGUGGUGUUUGUUCAGGAUAAUGACGUAUAUUAUAGACGUAAUAUAUAUGGCGAAGAAGGUGAAUUCCGUGUAACAACCACUGGUAAACCAGAUGAAAUUUUUAAUGGUGUACCAGACUGGGUAUUUGAGGAGGAAAUAUUAUUCACAGACAAUGCAAUUUGGUGGUCACCUUCGGGUCAUUAUUUUGCGUUUGCUUCAUUUAAUGACUCAGAAAUAGGCUUGUUUGAUCUUACAUAUUACGGCGAUUUAAAGAACCAGUAUGUUGAAAAUAAGAAAUUAUUAUACCCUAAGGCUGGCACAACAAACCCAACAUUUUCGUUACAUAUAUUCAACACACAUACAAACGCAACUAUAAAUAUAGAUGCGCCCGAAGCUCUCCGAGAUAUCGAUCAUUAUUUCACGAGAGUCACGUGGCAGAAUGAUGACCAUGUUCAGAUAAUAUGGUUAAAUAGACCACAAAAUAUGUCAAUAAUAACUAUAUGUAGUGCUCGAGAUGGAUCCUGCAUUGAGAAUUUCAGAUUUACAGCACCGUCAGGCGGCUGGGUUGAUUUGUACGUAAAUCCAACAUUUACGGCUGACGGAGGUCAUUAUUUCCUGAUAUUACCACAGCGUGAGGGAGAUGCGGGUUAUUACCGACAUAUAGUAAAGAUAGACGCUUCUGUAACCGUUAAUAUUCCAGCAGGUAUCUAUGGUAGAACAGCUGUUAUAACAACCGGUUUGUUUGACGUUAUAUCGAUAAGUAGAUACGAUGAAACUGCAAAGCAAAUAUAUUAUCUAGCAUACAAAACAGGUGAUCCCACAUCUAGACAUCUUUUCAGAACUAGCACAGAACCCGGAUCUGAUUUUCAAAAACCAGUCUGUAUCACGUGCUCAAUCUCCAAAGACUGUGAUUGGAUAAGCGCAGAUUUCCCGGAUGUAGGGGAUAGGUUUAUGCUGCAGUGCCUUGGUCCAGGUAUACCUACGUAUACACUGAGAUCCUUGACUUCCAAUACAGUAAUUACAUUUGAAGACAAUAAGGACAAAGCCGAGGAGUUGAAGAACAUUGCGCUUCCAAGAAUCAAAAUUAUGCAGGUGCCCUUAAAUGAUAAAGAAAUGAUGUGGGCGAAAUUAAAGCUGCCGGUAGAACUGAAAGAAGAUGAAGAAAUCAAAUUCAACUUGCUCACAGAUGUAUAUGGCGGCCCAAGUUCUCAAAAGGUAACUAAGAGAUUCACACUGGAUUGGGACGAAUAUUUAGCCAGCUCACACGGCAUCAUCAUUGCCAAUGUUGACCCACGUGGUACAGGUGGGCGUGGCGAUUCUUGGCGGCAUGCUAAUUAUAGACAUUUAGGGACAACAGAGGUGGACGACACUAUUGUUGCAGCAAGAUAUUUUAACAAAUUGAAGUAUGUCAGUGAUAAACAUGCUAUAUGGGGUUGGUCAUAUGGUGGAUUUCUAACUGGUUUGGCCUUAGCACGUGGCACGGGUGUCUUUGAUUGUGGGAUAACCGUGGCGCCCGUCACCGACUAUAGAUAUUACGAUAGUGUGUACACGGAGAGAUACAUGGGCAUGCCAUCCGCAGACGACAAUCUGGAAGGAUAUGAGGCGACAAACAUUUCCAAGUUUGCGGAACAAUUUAGGAAAUCAAAGUUUAUGAUUGUACAUGGUACGGGGGAUGAUAAUGUUCAUUUCCAGAACACAGUUCAGUUGAUUCGGGCACUUACGGAAGCUAACGUAUAUUUCCGAUCUCAGAUCUACACAGAUCAGCAACAUAGUAUAAACGGAGGUAACUCUCGCAGGCAUCUAUGGAACACGUUAGAAGAUUUCCUCUUCCAGUGUUAUGGAGGGACCAGGACACGGCUUGAUGAGUUGAAUAAAGAAUCAUCAGAAAAAGACGAUAUGGAGGACGAAUAAUUUCCAGUAUUGAAUGAAAUAGAUAUAUUGAGAUGUUUGCUAAUAUAAGCGGAUUACUUUUCCUCCUUGGAAAUUCUAUCGGCAUUAUAAUUAAACAGACAUUUUUCAUAUUUGGAGCAAUUUGGAACGUUUUGAUCAAAAUAAUAUGACUAUUCCAUACAUGGAAUAUGACUUUUCCAUUUUUCAGAGACAAUUGCUUUUACAACUAUUUCCAUCUUCGGAACAAAUUCCUAUUCAAUCAUACAAUACUGGGAUUCUCAUCUUCAGAACAAAUUGCCAUUAUAUUCAUAGAGUCGGAACAAAUUGCCAUUUCAUUCAUAGAGUCGGAACAAAUUGCUGUUUCAGUCAUAGAAUAAUGAAAUAUUCUCCGUUUCGGAACAAAUUGCUAUUCAAUUCAUAGAAUAGUGAAACUCUCACCUUCGGAACAAAUUGCUGUUCUAU